CAUUAUUUCUGUUUAUUUAUGUAAGUAUUCAUAUCAUUUCUUUUGUUAGAGAUUCAGAUUUCACCAUGAUAUACGGAGUUUUCAUCCUUGUCUUAGUUGUUUGUUUGUGAAUACGAACUCAUUGAAUAUUGUCGGCAAUCAAACAAAGUUAAGUGUUCAUGCACAAACAUUAAUAUCUUAAUAAGUGAUAUGUGUAUUAGUGUCUCCGUUUAUGAUAUCUCAAUUGAUUCCGGGAAAACUAUUGAGAAACAAAAAUCAAGUGGUCUAGUCAUUUCUACUGGUACAGGUUCAACUUCAUGGUCUCAUCAAAUUAACAAAAUAUCCAAAUCGAAUAUUAAAAAAUUAUUUGGUCUUCUUCAACAGAUAAACCCAAUUAUUUUGUCGAAUUAUUUACAAGAUCAUGGUACAAAUACAUCUUCAUUUGGGAAUUCAAAUGUCAUUACAUUGGAUUGUUUAAUUGAAACAAUUGAGGCAUUAUAUAAUAAAUCAUUUAUUUUUAAUCCUGAAGCAUGUCAAAUGAUGUAUACAGUUAGAGAUCCAUUGAACAAUGGUGUAUUCAAAGUUACCAAACCGCAUGGUUUCGCUUCAGAAUUGUACAUCCGAUCACUUAUGGAUGAAGGUCAUUUGGCAUUUGACAGUGGUAUCACAUUUCCUUUCAAAUCGGGAUCCAUUGCAAAAUUUACCGUUCUUCCUUCUGAUGCAUUAUGCUGUGUUACAUUUGAUGUUCCUUGUCCAGUGAACUAAUAUCUCAGGUAUUUUUAGUUCAGAUCAUUGACUACCAGCGUUGGUUGUAAUCAUUUGUAAAUGUAUCAUUUUGUAUUAUUUACUUGCACUAUUCCUUAGAGAUUUUGUCAUCAUACCAUAAAUGAAUUCAUUAUCAAGCACUUUUGUAUUAAUUCACGAAUUAUGUUUCUGAGAUUCUGUACAUCAUGAAAUUUGCAAUGCAAUACCCAUACUGUAACUUGUACGAUUUUGGUUGUUUUAUUAUUAUUAUCAUUGGCUUUAUUCAGCAUUAUAUACUCAAUACAA